AUGCCCCCCCCCGACGACGGACCAAAACCCUACGAAACAAUUUUGCCGCUUUAUGCGACUCAGACUCUCGAGGCAUACAGACAGGUUAUUCAGUGUGUACUGAGGUGUUGCCUUGGUGAGUUCGAUGACUGUGAUUCAGAGGGGUUGAGGGAUGUGGAAAGGGUGGGGAAGGCGGAUGCUGAGUUCAACGGGGAAGAAGAAUGGGUGGAUGGGUGUUUUCUUGAUGAGUAUGAGAAACCACCGCCUUUGCACCGGUUCUCAUGCUUUGGGACGAAAUACCUUACGGAACUCCUCUACGUGCCGCCGUUCGUUGAGGAUUCAGUUGGAAGUAUAGGCGGUGGAGGUGUGGGUGGAUGUGGGAAAAGGCGAUUCAAGAGCGUCGUCUCCCAUAGGAUUUUCCGACGUCGACAAGGCAGCAGGCAGUCCUCUAAGCAAGAAAGAAGCGAAUGCCGCUGCACAGAUCUCCUCUCCAAGUGUGUGCCCCCGAUUUACUUUUCUCAGAUGCUGUCUCCUGGUUGGUUUCCCUACCUGGUGACGCAGCUCUAUCAAUGGACACAAAGGAUGGACCGAGAAGUUACUUAUCAAAAGCUGGAACUGGUAAAAGACAUUUGGGAACGUGUUACAGGGUGGCAACACGAUUCCACGGACCUCCCGCUCGAUCAAAAGAUGCGCCGGCUCAAACCCAUGUCAUGUUUGCGCGGUUUGGUGUUCCUAUACCGUGUGUUGCGCGGAAUUCAAGAAUGCGGAGAAAGCACAGACUUAUUGGAAAGUCUUUGGUGUGUGAACCUGGUUACGGAACGAGGCACUCUCUGGUCUACUAUAAAAAAAGUGCCGUUGACGAGCUGGCCGCGGGAAGUUCUUCGUUACUAUGUGGCCUCGCUCCCCGUUGGCAAGCUGCUCUCCCCAGAAGAACAGGACGCGGUGGUUGACAACAUUAUCCUUCUCCAGUGGCCGCACUAUGCCUACUUCAAGCCAUACCGUCUUUUCUUGAAGGAAAAAGAGCCCAAUAAAAAGGCAUUUCUGGAGGUUUGGCGCACGAUUGCAGCCCGCAAGCCUCCUUACACAAGUGCCUCGGCGCUGACGGAAGAGGCUGAGUGGUGCUGUUCUGCGGCUCCAACGCUGCACGUAUCGCAAUGCUGGAGCCUGAUCUUAAAAUUCAACUGUCUCUUUGCUGAUAAGUGCACUUCUUCCGCAGACACCGAAACACUCUUAGACGUGGGCAAGCGUUUCGGGUGGGAUCGUCUCCACCAGGCGCUGGACGGUGUCGUGGAAAAAAUAAAGCACGAUGCCGAGCAGGGUGGUGAGUGGCGGAGCCGCGGAGGCGUGACCCUGGUCGAGAUUGUGGACCUUCUUAUGGACUACCGCAGCUCCUACACCACGUUUGACGAGGCGGUGCUUACCACCCUCCGCUCCGAUGAAAUCCGAAGCGUAGACGAAUGGCUUCGAAAAGCCUGUGCUCUUGUGAACGAGGGUGCCUUCGCCUCGGAGUCCGUUGUGCUUACCCGGGGGGCAAUGAUUAAGGAAAUCGCGCGGGAAUCGGUGGAGAGUGGCAUAGCCCAUCUUGAUUCCACACUCGAGGAGGCAUUCCGCCUGUGGGCUGCCUCCCAUGAGGGGGGGUCAGCCGUCUAUGCUUACCUCUUCGACCAAAGAACUGGGAACAGGGAUGAUUCGGACGUCUUGUUGUGUAAAUGGAGCCACCUCCGAAACAAGUGCUCGAACCUGAAGAGCCAAUCCAUCUCGAAGUGGUCUCUCCAUGAAAUAAGUAAUUGGGCUGUACUCUUCAAUGAGUGUCGGAGGGAGCUGCCUGACCUUGCAAACAGCCGCUGCGAUCACGGAACGAUUUUCCCUAUACUCGUGGAGGUUGCCACGGUGAUCAUGCAUGCGGCGGAGGUGUAUUUCAAGAAGACACUCCGUGAAACACAGCGUGCGGCUGUUUUACUGCUUUUUCUCUAUGCGGGUCGCGCGAAGAACGCACUGGCGCAGAUUCUUACUGGACAGGGAAAAACCCUCAUCCACGCGAUCUUGGCUGCCUGUUGCGCCAUGGUUGGCCGAACGGUCGACGUGGUAGUGUCUUCCCCCGUGCUGGCCUUGAGGGACGCCACGGAAAUGGAGGGCUUCUACAAGGUGUUCAACAACAUGACGGUUGGGGCGCUGAGCCAUGAACAGCGGUUAGAGAACAGCAUGAUAGCCUAUAAGAAGACUGUGGUAUACGGGAGUGCGGACGAUUUCAUUGGCGAUGUGCUCCGCACUAGUUUCACGAAACAUCGCGUCCGUGCGGGUAGGCCGUGCGACCUGUGCCUCAUCGACGAGGUGGAUAGCCUGCUGUAUGACCAGCGAAGUGCCAGUGUCCGGCUCUCGGAGCCCAGCCCUUCUACUUCGCACUUGCUUCCCCUAUUGGCUGUGAUGUGGCGCGCCUGCACUUUUAACCACAAUCAUCUCGUGCUGGAUAGUGACGACGGCAAGUACUACUUUAUUCAAGGUAAAUUCACUGUGUACAAUGGAAGAGUUGAUAUACAGGGUGAUCUUGAGGAAACGAUUGAAGGCAGUAAGGCAGCGGAUGGUAACAGCGGGGAGACGGAUGAAACACCCCAAGCAAAGAACUCACCUCCCUCGUACGAAAACACCCGUAUAGAACUGAAAGAUAGUGUGAACGUGUGGUUGAAAAAAUCGAUUAUACUGGCGACAAAAAGCAUAACCAGAGACCUUUGGAAAGAAGAAGCAAACGAAGAGGGGGUCCAAUUCACUGAGGGUCAGAAUAUCUUGCAUGUGCCGGUCCACCUCCAGGACUUUGUGAGAAGCAAUAUUACGAAGUUGGCCGAGAGCGCUGUUGAGGCACUUCUCCAUUACGAAAAAGGCAAACACUACGUUGUGGUCGAGGACAAGAUUGUGCCGGUGGACUACGAAAAUGCGGGGGUCCUGCAGCACAAUACCGUGUGGGGUAGGGGGCUUCAUCAGUUUCUGCAGAUGAAAGAAUCUCUUCCCGUGGAUCCUCCCACUUUCGUAUCGUGUUUCCUAUCCUACGUGGGCUACUUCAAGCAAUAUAACAGGAUCAUCGGAGCGUCCGGCACUUUGGGGAGUGCGCCGACGCAGGACUUCCUUCACCGUGUUUAUGACCUGAAUAUGCUUAUAAUUCCCCCGUUCAAGAGACUCGUCCAUGCACCAGAGGAAGAACCCUGGGGUUCCGGAGGGGCAGGUCCGAGCAAAUCCAGGUAUCUUGCAAAGGAGUUGGAGCCGGUUGUGACCGCUGAUGCCCAGGGCGUUUUAGAGGUGCUAAUAACAAAGUCCUCCCGAAUAGCGCGGGGUGGCCGUCCUGUGUUGAUCAUUGUGGAAACAAUCAACGACGUCAAAUUUAUAUGCCAAUACAUGAACAAGGCCUUCCCUGCACUCCGCACACAUGCCAACACGGGAGAGGCAGAGUUUUCCGUGAAGAAGGUUGGGCCUGGCGAAGUCAUCGUUGCCACCAACAUUGCUGGCCGCGGGGCCGAUUAUGAGCCCACCGAAGACGCUGAAAAGAACGGGGGCCUGCAUGUUUCCGUAGGCUUCAUGCCGGAAAAUUCUCGAGUGGAGCUGCAAAAUGCGGGGCGAACGAGCCGACAAGGCCGACGAGGGACGGUCCAACUCUUUUUCCCGGGCCUCAGCCCUGGCGGAACGGCGAACGAGGUGCGUCUCAAGCGUGAUCAGAUGGAAAAGGAGAGGCUGCGCAGAGCGAGAUAUCAGGUGGAAGGGAUGAGAUUCCGCGACCACCUUCUUAAGAUGUUCUGCAAUCUGGUAUCGGAGGUCCUAACCGGGAAUGAGGGGCAGGCACGACAGAAGUUUCUCAUAGAGGUUACCCAGGCUCGGAAGCACUGGAUACAAUUUGUCGAACAUCAGAUGUCUGGUAAACUUUAUGAGGCGGCGUGGGAGCGCUACCGGAAGGAGCACGCGCCUCCACCGGCCCCGAGCUCCAGGCAAGAGGCCGAGGACGAUGCCGGCAGGGAUAGUAAUAAAAUAUUGGAGGUUUUGAAGAGCCAGUUUGAUAGAGAGCGUGAAGCGCAAGCUCAGGAGAGGUUCCGAAAGGCAAGCAAAAAAUCAUACUCCGACGACGUUCUUGAGGAGGUUUUUGCAGGCAAGGAGGUGUGCGCCCAAGUCGAUGCAGCAGACACGGAGUGCUAUGAAGGAAAGGCGUUAAAGGAGCGUUUUGCCCUCUGGUUGGAGGCGCUGCCGGUGGAACUUGGGGAUCUUGACAAUCGGAAGGAGGUACUAGAUCUCUUUGAGGACUUUUGUGAAGAGGUUCGAUCGGAUGCAAGGCGUGGUGAGAGGCUCAUCCGCAAUCCGCAUUACUACAUUUGCAUGGGGAACCGUCUCUUGCAGGAAGAAAGGGCGGGCAAAGCCGCUGAGGCCUACGACGCGGCCAUUCAGCUGGACCCUCAUUUUUGCUACCUGGCGUAUUACUACAAGGGGAUGGCGCUCCUGAAGUCGUCCUCAACGGCAUAUGAUAAAGCGAGAGAGGCGUUUGCAAACGCACGGAAACUUAUUGAGGAAGUGGAAGUAUCUGACGUAACCCUUUUCGUUAGCUUUUUGUCCAAGCCAGGAGCGGAAAAGACAAUUACAAAUGGGGUGCACUUUGCUAAUGUUUAUCGGAUGCAUAUGUCCUUAAUCGAUCAAUGCCUGGAAAGCCUGAAGAAAUGUAAAGAGGAUAAUAAAGAGGUUGUCGUUCUAAGUGAUCUUGAGGGGUCCAGUACGAUGUACGAGUUAGUGCCCGGAUCCAACGAUCCUAUCCUCCGUGACGUGCUGGAUCGCCUUUCGUGCGACGGAUUGCAGUGGAUUUACAUGCUGCAGGAGCGGAAGGAAAUACCUUGGCGCAGUGCUUUGAAGUUGCUUGUUCUUGGUGCUGCGCAACUGGCGCUGGGGGCCGUGUUGAUGUACUACGGGGGAGGUGGAGGGCUCAGUACUGCGUUCAUUCAGGGAGGCAUCACAGAUCUUUUUAAGUGUGGGGAAACGUUAAUCACGAAAAACGAAGUUGAUUGGAAUGAUUAUUGUAUUCAGAAGGCGGUUUCCGGAAUCACAUGCGUGAUUCUUAGUGGUCCAUCAGCUAUUGGCAAGGAGUUGGGGUGUUUCGGAACCAAUACAACGUGCCCUGAUUUUGGUAAGCUGAACGGCAUUGGUGGUAGCUUCUCUGAGGCUUUUUUAAAAACCUUUAAAGAUGAGGCGAUGAAGCACGUCGGCAAUGCGGCGGCCUCAUAUGUCGUUGACUCAUUUGCGGAAAAUGUGCAUCUUGGGUGGAACUGGUUGGAACCGAAGGUUCGUGAAGCGGUGCAAUCCUCUACCAAAACAUUCGUGUACACCAACAACACCGUGAAGCUUUGCAUUAAAGUGGAUGUGGCAAACCAGAAUUUUGAUUGGGAGUGGAAUCUCCGCGAAGGAGCAAAAUAUGUAAGCCACAAAGAAAUGCGUACAACUCGUUUUGUUGUGUCUGACAUCCCUGGUUUGAAGGAGGUAUUUACCAACCCACGUUUUCGCGACUUCUUGGACGGGGUGGGGAAAAAUCUUUCGGCGGCCUUCCUGCCGAGAAAUGCAAAACCCGUAGUAACUGGUUUAAAGGCUAUGUGGAAAACAAUGGAGGUCACUCAAUUGCCUGAAAGGUUUUAUGGGAAGUAUGGAGAAUAUAUAAACCAGGGGGUGUUCAAGGAGAGCUUGGAAAGGAGCUUGGCGGACGUGAAGGCGAAGGCUGAAAGUGACGGAACCAGAGCGAAGUGCAAGAGCGUGGAACUCAGUGAGAAAGGGCAAGCCAACUCCAAAGCCGCGUUGAACUCAAAGACGGAAAACCCCGACUAUGCUCAAGUUAUAGAGCCUCACAGGAAGCCGUCCUUGGGACCGAAGCCGAGCAACCUGCCCUCUAUUCCAGAGGCCGGGUCAGCAAAGGCCAAUUCGGGCGAGUUUUACAGUUCAGAGGGACCCGAUGGCCCCUGUCAAGCGGAGGCAAGGACUGAAGAAAAAAUAAAGGUCUCUCUCACUGAAUUCCUUGAAGGGCAUUUGAUGGAAUCCACGCGCAGCGUGUAUCUCCGAGAAGUGCUCGGGUUCGUCUGCAAGCAGAUGGAGGGGGAUGUUGUGAAUUACAUGUGCAGGGAUUUGACCGAGGAAGCAAGGGAAGCCAGAGGGAAGCACCUCGCGCUUUGUGGAGCCCAUGCUUGCGCGAACCGGGCGCCGCCAAGGCCAAGGGGAGGGGGCAAAAACAAGAAGCCACCUACAAAAAAAGAGCAGGACAUCACAGACGAGGAAGUGAACCAGAUCCUCAACGGGGAGGAAGGGGAUUUCAGAUGCCUGUCCUGCUUCUUUCAUGAAAAACGUCUCUGGGUACAGGUGGUAGAUGGGGAGGGCCACCUGUUGGCUUCCGCAGGUUCGUGCUACCGAGGGGAGCCGAUCGUGUUGAAGCGGUACAGGGUGCUAGGUUCAGAGGAGAAUGGGGUAGAAAGAUACCACUACGAGGCGGCUAACCCGAAAGACGGGGUCCGGGAUGACUUCUCUGGAAAGAAUGACUGCCUCUAUACGGCUCUCUCUGAUUCCCUAACCCCCGAGCAGAAGGAGAGCACAGACAUCUGGAGUGCAGCCGAUGGCAGAAGGGAGGUGGCAAAGUGCAUUCAGAGCAACCCGAAAUACCAUGGUCAAAUGACAAGGUGUUUGCAGGAACUAGAGAAAUACAAUAAGGAUGCGUUUCUGAGGGGGGGGGCGUGGGGGUUGCCCACGUUGAACUGGCCCAAGUGGGAAGACGUUAAAGAUGGCGCUAUCGUCGUCUUUGAAAAAGGAAGGGGGAUCUACGAGGCUUACUGUAGCCUUCCAUGGUAUGUACACGUCGGUGCAGACGUGGCAAUUUUUUAUUGUUCUGGCGGAGGGUCAUGUCUGCAGCAGCUGAGAGCAUUUGGUGUUAAAGGGAUGCUCACUCAAGAGUUCUUCAUAAAAGGGGGAGCAGCGUUGUGUGUCUACUACAGCCGUAAAAACCUUCAAUAUGCAUGUUCCACGGGCGCCGGCGAUGCAACUGAGUUUCUGAUGGGCAAAAUAAUGGGGAAGGAGUAUGCCGAGUUUCUAGGCAGGCGUGCCAGUAAGAAAGUUGGCGAAAAGUGUGGGGACAAAUUGUUCCACGGUAGCGCAGCUGAAGAAAGGAAAGCAAACCGAAAGCAGUACGACUGCAAAAAAGGUACACUGAACAACAAAUUGACAAAGAACACUGAGAAGCUAAACAAAGGAAGAAGAGAAAUGCGUCAAGCAAACAAAAACGCAGGCAAGACGGGUGAAGACCGAAAGGGGCCAACGAAGGGGCAAAAAAAAGCAGAUAAACGCGUAACAAAGCAUGAACGAGAAAAAGUUAAAACGGAGAACGAACUAAAAGACUUGCACGCAAGCUUCGAGAAAAACGACAGCGAACUCAGACGGGAGGAGAAUAUAGAUACGUUCAAAGAUGCGGUUGACGAACUACCCAAAGAAGAAGACGCAGAAAUUAAUAAACCUGCUGACAAAUUUGAAAUACUUGAGAAAUGUUAUGAUAUUUGGCGUGCGAAUCCAAAGGACCGAAGACGCAUGUUAAGAAAGAUGGGCUACGGGGCCAAUCGGGGAGGGGUCGUUCAGAAAAUUUCGGAUUUAGACCACUGGGGGAAGAGUCGGUUAUACGCUGGUACAAAAACACUAAUUAAGUGGUGCUCCGACAAGUAUAAUUCCAGGGUCAAGAAUGAUCGUGUGAGUUCUUCAAGUGACGCGGAUGACGGGGAAAAAGACAAGAAACCCGCAUCUUCGCCCCCAAAAACGUGUGACGACAAAAAAAAACCAACAUGA